UAACAUAGAAACGUUAGUAGCGGAUCCGCUCUCGUUCUUAAAUAUAACCUAAAAAACUAAGACUAGCAAGGGUCGAAAUACGGAUGCACUACUAGAGAGGGUAAGCUGCGGCAUAGGUCUAAUAAGCAUCAGGCCCAAUUCCACAGUGAACGUCGGCGUCAGCGAGAGAAGAGAAAGAAGAGACGCAGCAGGGCGGAUGUUGAGUUGAUGUCCCUUUUAUUACUGGGAUUGGGAGGUAGUGGGAGCACAAGUGUGAGGUGGUGUUGGUGCGGUAGGAGUGGGACGUCUGUUCUUCGUCUUCCAUUUGGAUUUCGAGCUAUCAUGUCUGGCCAGGGCCAUCAUCAUCAUCAUCCCAACUCCAACAUGAGAGGCAGGAGGGGUGGUGGUAGAGGAGGAGGGCGUGGUGGUGAGCAGAGGUGGUGGGAUCCUGUCUGGCGGGCUGAACGUUUGAGGCAGAAGGCUGCUGAGGUAGAAAGGCUUAAUGAGAAUGAGUGGUGGACUAAAAUGCAGCAAAUUAAAGAAGGAGGUCAGCAGGAAUUGAUAGUUAAGCGCAACUAUGGGCGGGAGGGGCAGCAAACCCUGUCAGAUAUGGCUCACCAACUAGGCCUUUACUUCCAUGCAUACAACAAAGGUAAGACACUUGUUGUCAGCAAGGUUCCGUUGCCAAAUUACCGGGCUGAUCUUGAUGAACGACAUGGUUCAACACAGAAAGAGAUUCAGAUGUCCAUAGAGACAGAGAAGAGAGUAGGAAAUCUUUUGGAAAUCUCUAAAGGAGCAUUAGCUGUCCAUGAUUCUGUUGGCCCAUCAGGUCACGAAAGCAAACAAUCUUUACUUGCCCCAGCAGUACCCAGAGGUGGGUUGAUAUCAGAGGAGGAUUCUGUGAAGGAAAAAUAUAGUGUUGAGCUUAGGAACAGGCAGCACACAUUGAAGGCAUCCCAGAGUGUAAAAGCAAUGCAAUCUUUCAGGGAACAGUUGCCAGCUUACAAAGUGAAAGCUGAAUUUCUGAAAGCUGUGGCAGAGAAUCAGGUCCAUGUAGUUUCAGGAGAGACAGGUUGUGGAAAAACGACACAGUUACCCCAAUUUAUAUUAGAUGAGGAGAUCUCAUGCCUUCGUGGGGCAGAAUGCAAUAUAAUAUGCACACAACCCCGUCGCAUAUCUGCUAUAUCUGUUGCAGCUCGAGUUUCUUCUGAAAGGGGUGAAAAUCUUGGAGAAACUGUGGGUUACCAGAUUCGUUUAGAAGCAAAACGUUCCAAGGAAACAAGACUUUUAUUUUGUACAACAGGAGUACUACUACGACAGCUGGUCCAAGAACCAGAUUUAGCUGGUGUUAGCCAUUUAAUAGUGGAUGAAAUUCAUGAAAGAGGCAUAAAUGAGGAUUUUCUCAUAAUAAUUUUGCGUGACCUUCUUCCCCGGCGCCCAGAUUUGCGGCUUAUUCUGAUGAGUGCCACAAUAAAUGCAGAUCUUUUCUCCAAAUAUUUUGGAAAUGCACCAACCAUACACAUACCGGGACGUACUUUUCCCGUAGCAGAAGUGUUCCUAGAAGAUGUGCUUGAGAAAACACGCUACAGUAUCAAAUCAGAGUUUGACAGCUUCCAAGGAAAUACAAGGAGAAGAAGGAGACAGACGGAAUUUAAAAAAGACCUGUUGACUGAGUUGUUUGAGGAGGUUGAUAUUGAUUCACAUUACAGAAACUACAGCACGGCUACGAGACAUUCACUUGAAGCCUGGUCCGGUUCCCAACUUGAUCUGGGUCUUGUGGAAUCAACAAUUGAGCAUAUUUGUCGCAAUGAAGGGGUUGGGGCAAUCCUUGUGUUCCUUACAGGUUGGGAUGACAUAUCGAAACUACUGGAAAAGAUUAAAGCAAACAGCCUUCUUGGAAUUUCAAGCAAGUUUCUGAUUCUUCCACUACAUGGUUCAAUGCCUACUGUCAAUCAACGUGAAAUAUUUGAUAGACCACCAAAUAAUAUGCGGAAAAUUGUGUUGGCAACAAAUAUUGCAGAGAGCAGUAUUACCAUUGAUGAUGUCGUAUAUGUUAUAGAUUGUGGGAAGGCUAAGGAAACCAGUUAUGAUGCUCUAAAUAAGUUGGCAUGUCUGUUACCAUCAUGGAUAUCUAAAGCUUCAGCACAUCAGAGACGAGGACGUGCAGGGCGUGUGCAGCCCGGAAAAUGUUACAGGCUAUACCCCAAGAUAAUUUAUGAUGCGAUGCAUGAAUAUCAGUUACCUGAAAUCCUCCGGACACCUUUACAAGAACUAUGCCUUCAUAUCAAAAGCUUACAGCUUGGAACCAUUGCAUCGUUCUUAGCAAAGGCACUUCAACCACCUGAUCCUCUUUCCGUUGAAAAUGCUGUUGAACUUCUCAAAACAAUAGGAGCUCUCGGUAACAUGGAGGAGCUCACUCCACUUGGUCGCCAUCUUUGCACCCUUCCGUUGGAUCCAAACAUUGGAAAAAUGCUUCUCAUGGGAUGUAUCUUUCAGUGCCUCGAUCCUGCACUAACAAUUGCUUCUGCUCUUGCACAUCGUGACCCGUUCGUCCUUCCAAUAAAUAGGAAAGCUGAAGCUGAUGCUGCAAAAAGAUCCUUUGCUGGUGACUCUUGCAGCGAUCACAUUGCGCUUCUCAAAGCAUUUGAAGCAUGGAAAGAUGCUAAGCGCAAUGGCCAAGAACGAGCAUUCUGUUGGGAGAAUUUUUUAUCGCCCAUAACAUUGCGGAUGAUGGAUGACAUGAGGAACCAAUUCAUCGAUCUGCUCUCAGAUAUCGGUUUUGUUAAUAAAACUAGGGGAGCUAAGGCUUAUAAUCAAUACAGUGAUGAUCUGGAGAUGGUAUGUGCUAUCCUGUGUGCUGGGCUUUACCCCAACGUUGUGCAAUGCAAACAAAGAGGAAAGAGAACUGCAUUCUACAGUAAAGAAGUAGGGAAAGUUGAUAUCCAUCCAUCUUCUGUCAAUGCUGGUGUACACAUCUUUCCUCUGCCUUACAUUGUGUACAGCGAAAAGGUAAAGACCACCAGCGUUUACAUCAGAGACUCAACCAACAUAUCAGACUAUUCUCUGCUUCUCUUUGGAGGCAACCUCGCACCAAGCAAAACAGGAGAGGGCAUCGAGAUGCUCGAUGGUUACCUUCAUUUCUCAGCAUCAAAGAGUGUGUUGCUACUGAUUCAGACAUUGAGAGAGGAACUGACCAAGCUUCUUGGGAGGAAGAUUGAGGAGCCUGAGCUGGACAUCCCUGCUGAGGGAAAGGGGGUUGUUGCUGCUGCUGUUGAAUUGCUGCACAGCCAAAAUAUACGCCUCUAGUCAAUGUUGGCAUAUAUGCUUAAAUGGAAAUUAACUUCAUCCAUCGUCGUACGGUACACCCAACCUAACCAGCUGUUUCCCUUUUUGCCUUUCAUAUGAUAUGUGUAUGGGUUUGGUAACGUCCCCACCUUCAUGGGGACAAUUAGCAACAUACCCGACCUUUUGAAUUACAUGUGGGACGGGACAAUUCAUUCCAUACUACUACCAUUGGGAGCAAGCCAUGGUGCAAGAAUCACACCAGUUGGAUGAUCCUAAUCCUUUGAAUGGGGCCAAUUUGUUACAACCGUCAUCCAUUUGUUUAUAAGCUGUAAAUCACAUGGUUAUAAUUUUUAUUUUUAUUUUAAAUUAUGUUUCAACAUUAUUGUUAGAAUCAUCCAACCAAAGUGCUAUUUCGGAAUCAUAUGCAAUACAUAGUGGGAUCUUUCUAGUAGAUGUUUCAAAAUGA